GAAGAAGAAGAAGAAGAAGAAGGAGGAGGUCAUGGCUGCUGUGUCUGUGGUAGAAACGUCUCCGGAUAAGGACGCUGUUGCUGAGGGUCUGGUCGAUCUUCUCAAACCUGCAAUCCAGCAGCUGGACCUACAUGUUCACUCCGUAAGAGAAAGCCAGGUGGAGCUAAGGGAGCAUCUGGACAAUUUGGCCACGGAGUUGUGCAGGAUUAACGAGAACCAGAAGGUGGCGCUGGACCUGGACCCUUACGUGAAGAAGCUGCUGAAUGCCAGAAGAAGAGUGGUGCUCGUGAACAACAUCCUGCAGAACGCUCAGGAACGCCUCCGACGACUCAAUCACAACGUGGCCAAAGAGACGGCUCGGAGGAAGACCAUGCUGGAAGCAUCAGGAGUGUUCACCUCUCGCUCCCCCAGUAAACCCUGACCCCCCUUCACCUCGGAGGCCUGGACAUGAUAACCCUCGUCUUCCUCUAAUAUUUAAUGUCCGCUUGUCGAAUGUUUCCUCUGUGUCGUAAUAAAAAACAACAACUUUAAGUUAUUGUGUGAAGCUGCAGGUGAAGACUUUUAAUCCCAGAUGAUCUGUUGGAGUGUUUGGAUUAAAUGCUCCUGUUUGAUGCCAACAAAAGACAGAUUGAGCACAAACACUUUAACUCCCAGGCGCAUGCUUGAUCUACUUUUCGUAUUUGAUAUUUAUGUGUCUGUGUCUAAAUCUGGACUCGUUUAAUUAUUACUGUAACGUGCUUUAUGUU